AUGAAACCAGAUGAUAACAAUGCUAAUAAUUCUCGCUUUAAACCUAGUGCUAGUAGUAGUGGUACUGCUGGACAUGCUCCCCCUACUGGAAUGGUGGAUUUCAGGCAGUUUGCUGCACUUUUUAGCGAUAACAAUCAAUUUCCCAGUUUUAAAACAGAACCUCAAACUGUAGAUGCUCGCAAUACUGGACUAGAUGAUCCCCCAGCUGUUGAAACUUCCAAUAGUGGAGUGGUGGAACCUCAAAGUGAAGAUGGCAAUGAAGAUACUUCUAAUGUUGGACAAUUGGAACACCGAAAUGAAAAUGCUCACAAUUUACAGAUUCAAGAAGAACGAAGAAUUGUAAAUGAACGCAACACUGAAAUGACAGAAUUCCGAUCUACAGAUGCUCCUAAUACUACGCAAAGGCAUAACCGAACUGAUGAAGCAGCAAAUACUGAACGGGUACAACUUCAUGACUUACAAGCAGCACAUACAAGAACGGUAAUAACCCCAACCAUGCAACCUCUUAAUACUGAACAGUUGGAACCUCAAAACCAACAUUCAUACAAUACUGGAUGGUUGGGUGGUCAUCGUACUGAUGAUAAUCACCAUACUGGAUGGAUGGAUCCAAGAAACAUAAAUGCUACAAAUACUGCACCACCAGAUUUCAACCACUUUGCUGCCCUCUUCAGCGGUGGUUUCUUUGGUGUAUUUCAAUGGAUAAAUGAAUUAGCACAUCCAGAGACGCGUGAAGCGGCUUUGUUGGAAUUAAGCAAAAAACGUGAAACUGUUACAGAUUUGGCACCAAUGCUAUGGCAUAGUUUUGGUACAAUAGCUGCCCUCCUACAAGAAAUCAUAAAUAUUUAUCCUUCAAUCAAUCCUGCCACAUUAACUGCUCAUCAAUCAAAUCGUGUUUGUAAUGCCUUAGCGUUAUUACAAUGUGUUGCUUCACAUCCCGAUACACGUACGGUAUUUUUGCAAGCACAAAUUCCCCUGUUCCUAUAUCCGUUUUUGCAGACCACCUCAAAAACGCGACCAUUCGAAUAUUUAAGAUUAACGAGUUUAGGUGUGAUUGGUGCACUCGUUAAGACUGAUGAACAAGAAGUGAUAACUUUCCUUUUAACUUCUGAAAUCAUUCCUUUAUGCCUGCGCAUUAUGGAAUUUGGCUCAGAGCUAAGUAAAACUGUUGCUACAUUUAUUUUACAAAAAAUCUUACUGGAUGAAAGUGGUCUAUCAUAUGUUUGCCAGACAUAUGAACGAUUUUCACAUGUUGCUAUUAUUUUGGUAAGUUAAUUUUAACAAAAACAA